AUGAUGUCUUCUAACAUACUCUCACGCUUUCUGCCACCUACGGGCUCACCGUCAGUCUAUGAGACCCUCAGGCAACAAGAUGCUGAUUCCGAAUCCUCCGAUAUCGAAGAACGCGCAGGGCUGGCCAUGGAGGAUCCACAAGAACACUAUAGUGACGGAGAGCUGGAGGAGGCACUGGCAGAUGCCAGGGACAGUGAAAUAACCAGUCCCAGCGCUCUUCUCAGUCCAGGGCGGUCACGGAAGGCACCCAAAAAGCGAGCUUCUCCACCGGCCACACGACGUCGCAAGCCAUCAAGGCCGAGAUGGAUGGCACAAGACUUAUCGCCAGGAUAUGAGCUUGACGAUAAUGAUGAAGAUGUUCCUCAGUCGCUGCUGGUGGAAGAACACCACGAAGAUGCGAAAUCGCGGUUGCCUCCUCCUCCCGGGUCCCAUAAUCGUUCAGAUCGACGGCCUCCCAGCCCCGGUCCAUCCCAGCCCAAUCGAGCCCACUGGAUUGAGCAAAGAGCUCCUCAACCACCUCAUAAUUACGCUGGUCAUCCAUUAGGGAGGUUUUUUACCGGGCAACACCCUGGUCUCGCCAAUGUUGACCCCAAGAAGAAAGCAAUGUGGCGAUGGGCGAAUGUGGAGGAUUUGGACAAUUUCCUCAAAGAUGUCUAUACAUACUUCUUAGGAAACGGGAUUUGGUCUAUUUUGCUAACUAGGGUAUUAAAUCUUCUGACAUUUGCAUUCGUCGUUGGGUUCUCAACAUUUUUGAUGAACUGCAUCGAUUACCCCAAGGUUCGAGGUAGCAAGUCCCUAAACGAUAUCCUCGUACCUCAGUGCACAGCAAAGAUGUCUGGCUCAUCCACAUUUUUGUUGUGGCUGUUCAGCUUCUUCUGGAUUGGGAAGUUCUUCCAGUACUUGCUGGAUAUUCGCAGGCUCAAACAUCUACAUGAUUUCUAUUACUACCUGCUGGGUGUUUCCGAUGCGGAGGUUCAGACGAUUUCAUGGCAAGAGGUGGUGAGCCGACUAAUGACAUUAAGAGACUCGAACCCAGCCACAGCGGCUGCUGUCUCUGCUCAACACCGCAGGUUCUUAGGUAGCCAGUCGAAACAACGGAUGGAUGCCCACGACAUUGCUAAUCGCCUGAUGCGCAAAGAGAACUAUAUGAUCGCCUUGGUAAACAAGGAUAUUUUGGACCUCACUCUCCCAAUUCCAUUCCUCAAGAAUCGACAACUGUUUUCCCGAACCAUGGAAUGGAAUCUCAAUCUGUGCAUUAUGGACUUUGUUUUCAAUGAACAAGGUCAGCUGCGCACGUUGUUCCUCAAAGAUACCCACCGGAGGCUGUUGAGUGACAGUUUACGCCGGCGCUUUGUUAUUGCUGGUAUCAUGAAUAUUUUUGUGGCACCCUUCAUUGUGGUCUACUUCAUGAUGCACUAUUUCUUCCGCUACUUCAACGAGUUCAAGAAGAAUCCCGGGCAAAUCGGCUCCCGUCAAUACACACCCAUGGCGGAAUGGAAGUUCCGCGAGUUCAACGAGCUCUGGCAUCUUUUCGAACGUCGCAUCAACAUGUCUUACCCGUUCGCCAGCCGAUACGUUGAUCAGUUCCCGAAGGAUAAGACUGUCCAGGUAGCACGAUUCGUCGCCUUCAUCUCUGGGGCUCUGGCUUCGGUGCUAGCUCUCGCAUCGGUGAUAGACCCAGAGCUAUUUCUUGGAUUUGAAUUAACACCUGACCGGACUGUCCUAUUCUACCUUGGUAUCUUCGGUACAGUUUGGGCUUUCGCGCGGGGCCUUGCACCCGAAGAGACUGAUGUCUUUGACCCGGAAUUUGCCCUCCUUGAGCUCAUUGAUUUCACACACUACUUCCCAUCCGGAUGGAAAGGGCGCCUGCAUAGCGACGACGUGCGCAAGGAAUUUGCAAUUCUCUAUCAACUGAAAAUUGUCAUUUUCCUAGAAGAAAUUCUGAGCAUGAUUUUCACUCCUUUCGUCCUAUGGUUUACCUUGCCCAAGUGCAGCGAUCGCAUCAUCGACUUCUUCCGGGAGUUCACCGUGCAUGUCGAUGGCGUAGGCUAUCUCUGCUCCUUCGCAGUCUUUGAUUUCAAGAAGGGCACGAAUGUCCUCUCCCAAGCCGCACCGGGGCGGCGAGAUCAGGCCAAACAAGACCUACGCACGGAUUACUUCUCCACCAAAGACGGCAAGAUGCUCGCGUCCUACUACGGCUUUCUGGAUAACUACGGUGCAAACCCCCAACCCACCAACCGGCGCCCAUUCCACCCACCUCCAACCCUACCGACCCUCGGCUCGGCCUCUGCAGCUGACUUCGGCGCUCCCCCCGAUCUCCAAGCACGUCCUGCGCAGACUUCAGCUGUACAUUUCGGCCCUCAAUAUCUUGCUGGAGGCUCUAGGCUCAGACCAAUAGGAGGCCUAGAUAGCCGCUCCCCAGCCCCCUCGAUGCUCCUCGAUCCACACCACCAACCCUCCAGUUUUGGAUUCCGCCCAGCGGCCCGAUCCACCCCCCACCAUCACCAGCACCAGCGUACCAGACUCGCGCACUCACAGCACCCAGGCGCUGGUUCCAUUGAUGAUGAGUCUCAUGAGGACCCUGGGCCAGCUGCUCGACAGUCUGCUCCUCAUACCGGUGCCUCUAGCGGCGGCGCAGGCGCCAGCGAUAGCCUUGGCGAUUCGUGGCGUAUGAACCCGCUUGGUAAGGAUGAGGAUGAGGCUGAUGAGGGCGACGAGGGCGAGAAUCUUGAUGCUAUUGCUGGUGGAGCUGGUGUUCUGGGUUUGAUUCAGCAGUUCCAGAAAGCUAAUACUGAAGGCCGCCGCACGACUAAAUGA